UUCUAAUAACCUAAUAAUAAUAAUACAAAAAAUUGUCUGUAUAUAACUUGUAUACUUACAUUUCUGUACAUAUUCUGGGAUGGCAUAUAAUCAAUUUUGUUAAAAGAAUGUAUAGUCUUGCCCUAAUAUGUUCAGCAGCUUGCGACAUCUGCAGGAAACUUUGCAUUGUUGCAAUAAAAAAAGUUCCAGUUCACAGAAAAAUGUAAUAUUCUGAAAGUUUUUUUGAGUGCUUGUGAAAUAUUUAAAGAGAGAACUAACAGCAUGGGAAACGCACCAGUCAAAGAAGUAGCGCAAGCAGCUGCUACAAAUGUCAUUGGAACAACAGCGCAACCGGCUGAGAAACCUAAGUGCAAGGCAUGCUGUGCUUGUCCAGAAACCAAGAAAGUUCGCGAUGCAUGCAUUGUUGAACGAGGUGAGGAGAACUGCACUGAUUUGAUUGAGGCGCAUAGACAAUGUAUGCGAGCGCAGGGAUUCAAUAUAUAAACGAAACAGCCAAGUUUACGACUUGUUCAAAUACAACAUCUUACUUAAUUUUUUUUUUUGGCAGUCUGCAUGAUUCUCAUGGGGUUCUCGGCAAAAGUUUAGUCGAGUUGAUGCGUUUAACGCUGCUAAAACACUUUUUAUUUGUUACUAGUCUUAUUGCGUAAUCUGUAUAAAUAAUGUAAGGAAAUUGCCAUUAUGAGAAUUUGAAAUUGAAUUAAUUAAAUAAUGUAAAAGGCAAAA